AUGGAGUACCGAGAUGAUGGGCUGGGCGAAAUGAUCGAGUUUUUGGAAGACAAAUUAUAUUUUACAUCUCUAGAUGAACCACCAAACGAGGUUUUAUAUCCUCAUAUGCAAUUUUUCACAAUUGAUAAUGAACUUGCUUACAACCCUUUUUAUCAUGAUUUUGGACCACUAAAUGUUAGCCAUCUUAUUCGUUUUGCUGUCAUCGUUCAUGGUAUCAUGGCAAAGCAUCGGCAAGCCAAGAAAAAUAAAACAAUUGUACUUUAUUCUUCCACGGACACCCGUUUACGGGCAAACGCGGCUUGUCUUUUGGCGUGCUACAUGGUCCUUGUCCAAAACUGGCCUCCUCAUCUGGCUUUGGCUCCUUUAGCUCAAGCAGAACCCCCUUUUCUUGGAUUUCGAGAUGCCGGCUACGCUGUUUCUGACUAUUAUAUUACCAUUCAGGACUGUGUCUACGGUUUAUGGAGAGCUCGGGAAAGCGGUAUCCUUAAUAUACGAAACGUCGAUGUCCACGAGUAUGAAACCUAUGAAAAAGUUGAAAAUGGUGAUUUUAAUUGGAUAUCACCUAAAUUCAUCGCUUUCGCUAGUCCAGUUCAGGCUGGCUGGAAUCAUCCUAGCACACGUCCAAAGAAGCUCCCUCAACCAUUUCUGAUCGUUCUGAACUACUUUAAAGCCAACAAUAUAAAACGCGUCGUCCGUCUGAAUGGACCUUUGUACGAUAAAGAUACAUUUGAAUCAGUUGGCAUCCGUCAUCAAGAGAUGUAUUUCGAAGACGGUACAGUUCCUGAUCUUUCCUUGGUAAAAGAGUUUAUUGACCUUGUGGAAGAGGUAGAGAAUGAUGGAGUAAUCGCUGUACACUGCAAAGCUGGUCUUGGCCGUACCGGUUGCUUAAUUGGAGCCUACCUGAUUUAUAAGCAUAGCUUUACCGCUAACGAAGUAAUUUCUUAUAUGAGAAUAAUGCGCCCUGGAAUGGUUGUCGGUCCCCAACAACACUGGCUGCAUAUCAAUCAAGUUCAAAUUCGCGCCUAUUACUAUGAGAAGGCUAUGGCGAAAGCUAUUCAGCAAGCCAUUGCUGCCGAGCCAUUGGCAACGCCUCCAAGACAACCUCUGCAUGCGUCCAACGGUGUUGCUACGCAAAAUCAAGUCAGUACUCCUUUACCGGAACCUACUCCUGGCCAGCCGCGCAAGAUUUCUGGUCAUCAUGGUAUGCCUUCACCUCAGCGAUUGCCAGCUACCUCUACUCGCCUGAACGAAAAAUUACGAAGUGUUUCCAAACAUACUUCUAAUGAUGAAAAUAUAAUGAAUAAGUACUCUGAAAAGCCCGAAGAUUCCAAUUCGGAUGGCGAAGACACAGACACCGAAUAUGUGGGAACUUCUACGGAAAAGAUAUCUGUACCACGUAUUCGAAGGUCAUCUAGUCAAACUACUCCAGACUCUUCUGCUCGCUCUCCUUCUUCCUCUUUUAGAAGCACGUCUUCGCGGAGGUCCAGUGGUCGUUGGAAUGGUAGCUCUUCUCCUCUCAACAGUCAUACAAAAAAAGCUACACAAAGAAGUGCUAGUAUGUCUUCUAUUAACAGCACGACUAACGGCCGCAUCACAAAGCCUCGUUCUCCCAAAUCUCGACUCUUUUCUUAA